AUGGCGCUCAGUCCGAUAGAAGGCCAAGAUGGUCUCUACGUGGGCGGAAUCUGGGCACUCCGCCGCUCAGAUACACUCUCAGAAAAGGGCAUAACCCAUGUGUUAUCAGUCGUGGGCUUCAGUCCAGAUAGCCUGAAAAAUUUCAAGGAUGAGCCGUGGUCCGAGUACGGCAAACAGUUUCACCACUUGCUCAUCGAUAUAGACGAUGUAGAUGAGUCAAAUCUGCUCGCGGAGUUGCCGAGAGCAGUGAAAUUCAUCGACCAAGGGUUGAGGGGCUCACGGAACCAGACAUCCACUCCAGUAAAGGCUGGGAGCCAAGAUGGCACGGUCCGAGAUGGGAGCGAGGAGAGCGGAAUUGUGGAGGAAGGACUGGAGAGAAUGAAAAUAUCCAGUGCCGACACCACCCCAAUCGCAGGCACAAGGACAGGCAAAGGGACAGAUGCAGUGUCACAACCAGGCGGCGUCUUUGUCCAUUGCGCAGCGGGCAAGUCUCGCUCCGUGUCGAUAGUGAUAGCGUAUCUGCUCUGGCGGUAUCCGAACCGGUUUGAUGCCAACCUGGUACCCGCCUCAGCAUACACCAACAACAAUAUCAGCAGCAAGAAGAACUCGGCUGCUUCAGCGGCGCAUUCAUCUACCCAAACGGGGACAGGUGGAAACAGAUCGCGCAAGGAUACGGCAGAAGAAGCUGUUGAGUUAGCGCUGGGGCUGAUCCGACGAACGCGACCGAUGGCAGAGCCCAACGAUGGCUUCAUGCACCAGCUAGCACUCUGGUGGGAGAUGGGCUGUCCGGACGAUGUGGAGACACAUCCUCUGUAUCAGCGGUGGGCGUAUAAGCGCGAGGUUGAAGAGCAUGUUGCCGUUGGGCAGGCCCCCAGCCGACUGCGAUUCGAGGAUGAAGAGCCUUCAGCUGCUCCCGCAGCAGGAGGAGAUUCACAGACAGAGCUCACGCUACGGUGCAAAAAGUGCAGAAGGAUGCUUGCUACCGCGCCAUUCAUCAACGAACAUGUCGCUUCUACUGCAUCCAAGACAUUUGACCCUCGACAGCCAUGUCCUCACUACUUUAUCGAGCCACUAAGCUGGAUGCGUAGUGAGCUUGAAAAGGGCGAACUCAAUGGCCGACUGAGCUGCCCUAACGAGAGGUGCGGUGCUGCCGUCGGACGCUACGAUUGGAAGGGCAUCCGGUGUGCCUGUGGCGGAUGGGUCAUUCCGGGGCUGUCGUUGCAAAGAGCGAGGGUAGACGAGGAAGUGAGGAGGAAACCUCGGGCCAUGGGCCAAGGUCAAGGCCCAGGGUUGAGUGAAGUCGCGAGGAAUAUGGGCAUUCGGAUGCCUCCCGGUGGAGGAAGGGGAGGGAAUUUGUAG